AGCAGGGCUGCUACGUGACGUUUGCGUGAAUGCUCUCGGCGCGCCUGAUUUUUCUGGAUUACCCUAUAACGUGAAUUUGUCAUCGUUUGCCCAGUACUUCUUCACCUUACUUAAUUUCUUACUGAUAGCAAACAACAACAGCAAUGAUGACAAGUGCGCCACCACAAAUUUUAAAAUCUGUGGGCGACAAAACAAGGUAUGCGCAAGAUGAAAUCUUGCAAUAUGUGCAGCUUUCUCCGGAUGAGGAUUACUGUAUUCCAUCAACAGCGAGAUGCUUUCCGGAGCAGUAUGUGCGGUGUCAGCUGUCAUUUGAAGAUCCACAAAUGGACAAGUUGUGUCGGGAAACGAAUGAGGCAAUGUUCGAAGUAUAUGAUUAUCUGACCUUGAAAUUAGAAGCAAUGUUCAAUGGGAAAUCGCAUUCGUUUCCACAAUUGUUCACAAAAGAAUGGGAGAAUCAUUAUUCCUCAUUUUGUCCAGAAAAUGAUUUGAGGGAGCGACGGAGGAACGCCAUUGAUAUCACUGAAGCUGAAGAAGACCAGUUUCAAGCGAAGACACCUGAUGAUCGAAUAAACAACAAAAAGGAUAAAAAAGCGGAAGGCGAAGAAAAACGAGCACGGAAGCGGAUUCAACGCGUCGAUAAAAUCGAGAAACCAAAGAAGAUGAAGUGUGGUCGAGAAUAAAGCCGAUUUCUCAGAAAAAAACUCAUUAUGCAUGACCUCAUUCAGCUUGUGCAUUGCGUACUUCAGGUUUAUAAACCAUUCAUUCACG